AUGGUGGCACAAUGCUCGGGUGCAAUGUAUGAAGUAGGGAUAGUAAAGGCCUUCCAAAAGUCUUACUAUGUGCAGUAUGGUGGUGGGGCGAACGAGAUUGCCGAUGGCUACAGCAAAGGGGUGGGUUUGGCAGCUGAAAUUAUUGGUACCUUCAUCUUUGUCUACACUGUUUUCUCUGCUACAGAUCCCAUGAGAAGUGCCCGAGACUCCAUCCCUGUAAGUUCACCUGUUUUACUUGGAAAACAGAGUAUUAUUAGAAUUGAUAUAGAAAUCAUUCUCAAUUCUCUUGUUAACCCACAUGGAAAGCGUUCUAAUUCAGAACUUUUGUUGGGAUUUACAGGUGCAAAGGAGGAACUUUGGGAGUAUAAUUUGAUGGCUGUAUCCGUUCAAGCUGAAGGUAAACUUUCAUGGAUUUAA